AUGAACCCUGUCGCGGUCGUCAAGCUCUUCAUCGCCCGCGCCCACGACAUCACGGGUCCUCCCAUCUUCCCGCAGGAGAUCUUCAACCUCAUCCUCGAGCACCUCGAGAACAUUGUCCACCCGUUGAGCCGCGAUGCACCUCUCGAGGCCGAGGCAGACCAGCGCAUGCUCGGCGACCGCAUGAAGCGCGUCAGCCCGGCGUGGUUGACCGGCGGCCGCCGGAUCGCCUGGUCGCGGGUGACCUGCUUCUGGGACGUCGAGGACAAGCUCGUCAAGUUCCUCUUCGAGCAGCCUGCCCUCGCCCGCGAGAUCCGCGAGCUAUUGUUCCAGCCAGGCGAGCACUGCCCCACAAGGACGGCUCCGGGCGACCACCGCCGUCAAACCGUCGACGUCGUCGAGCUCAUCAAGACGUGCUCGGGCCGCCUCGACAAGCUCUUCUUCGUCUGUCCUGUCGGCGACCAUGAUCUGUGGGCGCAGGUCACGUCGUCGGUCAUGGCGGCUACGCUCUCAGAGCUCAGCCUCCUCGUCGACUACAGCAACGACGCGCUCCUGUUUGAGCUCCGGCAAGGUCUCGCCCACUUCGUCCGGCUCAAGAUCCUCGGCGUCAUCAUCGAGACCGACCGCGGGUUGUCUGCACGCCGCAGUGUCGCUCAGCCGGCGCCGAUCGCGAUUCGCCUUCGCAUCACGCGCUUCACCUUCGAGCACGUCGUCAAGCGCGCGACAAGCUCGAGCGUCCUUGCCAGCAGCUUCUUCGCGCAGCUCCUCGAACCCGAGCGGCUGCACAGCCUCGCGCUGAAGGUGUCCCUGCAAGAGGCGGAGCAGCUCAACUGGAUCGGCGCGUUCCGCCGUCUGCGGUUCAUCUCCCUCUCCUGCGCCCCGUGGUCGCCCAACUUCCGCCCCGUCACGGCCCACAUCGCGCUCUUUGCCGAGGCCAUCGCGUCUCUCCCUGAGCUCGGGACGGUCCGCAUCAAUCCCGCGCCCGCGCGCGACUUGAGCAGCGACAGCCCGCCCGUCCCGUCGCCCGUCCCGCUCAGCCACCUCCUCGCCCAAAUGCCGCCGCGCAUCAAGACCUACCGCAUCGGCGGUGGCGUCUUCUUCACGGACAACGUCGGCCUGCCCGGGAUACCUCGCCAUCAGUGGCCACCCCCCGACGUCUGCCUCAAGCUGUCCCUGAAGGUCCGGCGCGACUGGACGGCUCGCCUCGUCCGCAUGUACCGCCGCACAGGGCCCGACCACGUCCAGACCUGGUCCAUCCUCCCCGAGAACGUCGUCGGGCCGCUUGACGACAUCGAGUGA